AUGGCGCACAAAAUUGCAGACAAAAAGGCCUUUUUCGGACAGCUCGAGGACCUGGAUCGGCUUUCUGAUGACUUGGAGGAUGAGGCGAUGGAUGAUUUCUGUCGAGUUGUCGUUCUUUCGAGAAAAGAAAAUGAACCCUUGCCUUCAGCUGCCUUGAGCCCUAUAUCAAAUACCGAGCCUGUUACGACUGAAAGCGCAAAAACCGGCAUGACGACCAUUAAGCGAAAGCCGACGUGCUCUUUUAAAGUGAUCCCUGAACAACAGCAGUUCUUCAAGGGUCUAGUUUUUUACUUCUUCCCGAACAAUGACGUUUCACCUCUACGACGUCUACGUAUUCAGCGAGCGCAAGAAUACGGUGCUCUUUGGGCAAAGGCUUGGGGGGAUAACGUCACGCAUGUUAUAGUUGAUAAGGGGUUGACCUUCCCAGAUGUCUUGAAACAUCUUAAGCUUGAGUCUUGUCCGGUGCGAUUUCGCGUUAGUGGGAUGCCUGUGCCCUCCGAAUCAAAAGAGCCUGCCCCUCCAAGUGAGCUUCUGGAUGGCUCAUUGCCAUUGAAACCAGCUCGGAGACAGCAGCAACAUACCCCAACAUUCUCCGAGAACACUCAAACUUUAAGUGGACCGGUCCAAAUUACUAGCGAACCAGCAGAUGAACCUUAUGAACCUUAUGAACCACCAGUUCAUAAAGCCCAUCCUAUUCGGCAGCGUGAUGCUUUGGAAGAAAUGAUUAACGAGACUAUAGCCGUGAAAGACUUGCCUUUAGAGCCUCUAGAUGCCCACGAAGAUGAAAUGGUUGUCGAAAAAUCUGAUGAAGAGGCUGAAACGUCGGAUCCUGGACCAAUUGUGCGGAAGAGAGGGAGAUCAGUGAACAAUAAUCAACAAGCCACGGGUAAAUGGCAGCAGAAGUUUGCCUGCAUGCAGAAACAUGGUCUAAAGUCAAAUUCGGAAGGGCCAAAUACUAGAACUAUCGAGGUUCUUCAGCAGAUGCUGGACUACUAUACCAGGACUGACGACCAUUGGCGUGUGAUUGCCUACCGCAAAGCAAUCAGUGCCCUUAGCAGACAGCCCAGGAAGAUUGUGAGUCGAGCGCAAGCCAUCUCCAUCGCCGGAGUCGGCCCCCGGUUGGCGGACAAGAUUGAGGAGAUUGUGUUUACGAAUCGACUCCGACGUCUGGAGAACACGAACACUACCUCCGAGGAUCUCAUACUGCAGAAAUUCCUCGGUAUCUACGGGGUUGGGAUUUCGCAAGCUUCGAGAUGGGUUGCUCAGGGCUAUAAGUCACUUAAGGACCUGAAAAUGAAGGCCAAGCUGACUCCAGCGCAACGGGUCGGGGUCGAUCACUACCAGGACUUUUCGCAGCGGAUUCGACGCAGCGAGGUCGAGGCGCAUGGGGAUAUCGUCCGAAAGGCCGUACAAACGGCCCAUCCGGGCAUGCAAGUCAUCAUCAGUGGCUCGUAUCGACGUGGGGCGGCUGACUCGGGAGACAUCGACCUGCUCAUCACCAAGUCUGACACAUCCAUCGAGCAGAUCCGGACGACGAUGAUGGAUGUCGUGGUGCCCCAGCUGUUUCGUCAGGGAUUUCUCCAGGUUAGCCUGGCUAGCACGUCGCGAGGAGAUGGAUCGAAGUGGCACGGGGCAAGCAAGCUGCCAGACAGCCCUGUCUGGCGGCGAAUCGAUCUCCUCUUUGUGCCGGGAUCGGAGAUUGGAGCUGCAUUGAUAUACUUCACGGGGAAUGACAUUUUCAACCGGAGCAUGAGGCUUCUGGCCCGAAAGAGGGGUAUGCGGUUGAACCAGCGGGGGCUGUAUGCGGACGUCCUACGUGGGUCAGGACAGGUGAAACUGACCAUGGGUCACCUCCUCGAGGGUCGCGAUGAGCGACGCAUCUUUGAAAUAUUGGGGGUUCCAUGGUGGCCUCCUGAGCAUCGCAUAUGCUGA